AUGUUGACGGUUCAAAACAUACAGUUCGAUGGAAAGUUGUUUUCUGAUGAAACGUUGCGUCCUAUCAAAUUGGCUCAAGCUUUUCCGACGAUAGAAACGCUGAAGCAGACUUUUUACGGCAUCCCAUUUGAGGAUAUCCCUAUCUGCUACAUGAAGUGCAGCAAAAACAACACGCUGAUCACAAUAGCGGACGCCAAGGGAAAACCGAUAUUGUACACAUCGUGUUCGGUAGAAGGCUUCAAAAACUCCGUGAAGGCUAUGAGGAGAGGAAUCAAAACGGUCAGAAUCAUGGUCAAGGGCCUGGGCCCUGGUCGAAUGUCUGCAAUAAAGGGCAUGGCAACCGGUGGAUUGAACAUAGUUUCGAUAACCGAUAAUACGAUUUUGCCAGAGUUGGGCCCUCGGCCGCGAAAGGAGCGGAAAGUUUGA